AUGCCGGCGACUCUCUGGUCAUGGGCGAGUAGGAAGCGUGUCUCUGAGGACCAACUCCCCUCUUAUAGUGCCCCCGCGCCAGCCAACCUCGGUGGUUUGGACCUCGAAACGAGCCCUUCCGCAUGGCACACACCUAGCCAAAGCGACAGCACUCCUGGAUUCUGGGCAGCUGCGAGGGGGGGGUACGAACGCCACUAUUCCGCACCCCCGCAAAGCUCGUUGCCAACAAAUGGGGGCGACGAGCCGCCCUUGUAUGGAUCCCCCUGGACGGGGUCAGGGCCGUCAAGUUUCCAAAUUGAGGGGGGAUCUUAUGAGCCAUCCCCAGCCCCCUGGAGGAGGUUUCCAGCAAAGGAGGGGGCCAGCUUCGAGCCUACCGAAACCCCCUGGAAAGUUUCAGCAUACCCAAGCUACCAGCAGGUUCCGUCCAUGAGCCAAGAGAGCAGCCAGCAGACGGUUUCUUCCCGGGGGGUGUCAGACACUGCUGAAAGGGACCCCUCAACUAGAGAAGGGAGCUUCUGGGGGGGCGGAGUCAGGGGGGCAGGGGGCCCCCGGCUUGAGGCAUCGGCGGUGUUUUCACUGAAGGCGGCUGCAACGAACCGGUAUCUAAGCAAGCUUGCCAGCCAAGGGGGGAGCCAAGAAGAGCGGGAAGUUUCGUCUAGCCGCAAUCAACAGGACCAAGUCGCGCCCGUGCUUUCAACGCAUCCUGCGGGCCGAGACACCUCUCCCCGGCUGCGGACCCGGGGACAACCGGCUCCCAAGCAUGAAGAAUGGGAGAUUCCCACCCGGGGCGAACCGUUUCUGGGCGCCACACGCAUCCGCCUCGAGCGACACCUGUCCUCCGGCCACAGCCCCAACAGCCAAAACUCACAGGGACUUGGGUCAAUUGGCAACUGGGCGCUCCAGCAUGCGUCAGGCGCGUCAGACCGACAGCAGGUGAUGUCACUGUGUGCGAUUAACCCGGACUUCUUCCCAGAAGAGCGGGCGAGCCAACAGAGCCUGCGUUUGGACGCGCAAGUACCAGACAUGGACGCGGACGCCGUGCGGGGGGGUGCAAGUUCGGGCUCGGGGGACCCCCUGGAAGAAACCUCGUCGCCUCGGGGCGUGGGCGCUGGCAGUAUUGGAACGUGGGAGCAGCAAGGCCAGAGAACCGAGCCCGGAAAUCCGUGGGGCAGGGAUCUUUCGCUGCGGGGGGGGUUUUCUGGCAGGCUCAGAACGGGGGUGUCGCUGCCUUCCAGGGGUCGCGAGUCUUUGUACGGGGGGAGUGCGCCAGACGAGUCAUGGUUGCGGGAUAUCUCGCCCCGGGCGGGUAGCCUUGACAGCCCCGGAGGGGGGGGGCUGCUGAGCCCUGGGGGCCACCGAAAGCGGCACAGCUUCGACGUUGAGGAGGCGGGAGACGACCGGGCGCUGAAAUUCAUGCGGCGGAGCAUGGAGCUUGAACGUGACGCCACUGGGGUUCCUGCUGACGCCACAAAGUUUCCUGGGGAUUUCCGGGAGUCGGUUGAGUUGCGGGAGAUGCACCGGAUCUGGGGCCAGCAACCUGAGUCAUCGCAAGCGAGCAGAAGUUACUAUCCCUCGGCUUUGACAGCUGUCGAGGAGGGAUCGACAGGUGUCGCGCUCUUAGACGGGCCGAGUGCCGGUCUGCACCGCAACCCCUUUGACAGGAGCCUUUCCGUACAUUGCUCUCCACAGCAGACGCGGAAGCUGACACCGCGGGCACGGUCUGCCUCGCCGCGGCUGCGCCAGGCCGUACCAGUGUCAAUGCUUACGGUGCACCGGGCUGAGCUGUCUCCCAGCCGGGUUUUCACCGAGGACCCUCCAAACUCUGCUCCCAAGACGCAGCAAGUUUGGGACGACCCCUCAGGAUACAACCCCCCUUCUCCAUGGCCCGGGGAAACAUUCACCCCUCCCUCACGUUCUCAACCAACGGCCUCCUCUCCUCGCUCGGAAACUCCCUCUAGUCCCUUCGGAGCCUUCCCAAGGGCCCACCCCCUGAGCCCGGUAGAGACAUACGUGGUGCGAACCGGCCGCGAGGUGGCUUACGUCAGUACCCGGUACCCCAGCUACCGGUCCCCGGGGGGGGGCUCGUUGGGGCAGCAAUCGGAUCAGGGGGUUUCCCCAAUGGACAUCGGCCCAGCCGCCGAGCCCCUCGGAUCAAACCGGCAAAGCGAAGGCCAACGGGCUGCUGCCACGUGGACGUAUCCAGGUGAUGACAGCUGUGCACCGCAGGAUGGGGACAGCUGUAAGGUGCAAGAGGGUGCGAGCCAUGCACCAGCGGGGGACGAAACAUGCACUCCAUUGGACGUCUCGGAACCCCCCCGAACCGACGGACAUGCGGCAACGGCACGUCCGGAACAGCUCCCGAGUGGGGACGGGGGCGUGUUUACACCAGUGGCGAGCCAUCAAGCCGCUUUCGUCACCGAAGAGCCGUCGGCGAACUCGCUGGUCAGCCAGGUGUCGCUUUCUCAUUGGGCGAAUCUGACUCUGGACCUGGCCUGCCUGAAGGAGGCGGCGAGCCCGGUGCCCGAGGAGGCGGAGUCUCCGGAGUUGGGGGAUAUUUCACCCCUGGAAUUACCCCCCCAGAAAACGUGGGAAAGCCCCACCACCACGCCUGCCUUUUCUGCCGGAAGUGGAGCGUCUUUCCGGGAUGAGAUUGACACCAGAGCCCAAGGGGUCGGUCAGGGCCCUGCUAAUGUUCCGGGUGGUGUCAAGAAGAGCGGGUCGAGGGACGACCUGGGGCUACCCUCAAGGGGGAGCCGGGAGUUUGACACUGAAGUGGGCAAAGCUGGGGGAGACCCUGCAGCGCCGUUCGGCGAUGUCAAGAAGAGCGGUUCGAGAGAGAACCUGGGCCUUCCCAGGAGGGGCAGCCGGGAAUUUCGAGAGCAGCAAGCCGCUGAGCUGGCGUUGGUAGCUGCUGACGUCACCACGUGGCUGGACGUCCUCAGGGGGGGGCUGAAACGGCAGGCGAGGGAGAGGGGGUGGACUCCGGAGGAGAGGGCUGCGGCAAAGCACCUGGCCAGUGCUGCCGUUUUGGGCGAGACGAUUGUACAGAGAAUCAAGCAGGAGGGCGGGGUUAACCUGAUGAUCAAACUACUGGACAGUGACGACGAAGAGAUGAUGGAGUCCGCCGCUGACGUCAUUUCCCACUGCAAUGGGGCCUUCCAAUCCAAGCCCAUGGUCAAGGUAUUUGAUUUUUCGGACGGCACUUCCGUCAGUGUCCGGGAGACGCAGUUUUCCGACACUGGCCUCGGAUGCAAAGUCUGGAAAGCGGCUGUGCUUUUGGGUGACCAGCUGUCAGCCGACCCGUCUUUGGUCGCCGGGAAAAGCGUGCUCGAGAUAGGCAGCGGCUGUGGGCUGUGCGGAUUCUUGGCGACCAAGCUGGGCGCUCAGGACGUAACCCUAACUGACAACACCAUACCCCUCCUCGUUAACCUUCGCGACUCGGUGCGGACCCUCUUGUGCGAACCUGCGCCUUCCGACCGGGGGGGUGAAUUGGCCCCGUCCAAGGACCCCCCGGCGAAGCAAUCCGACGCACCCUGGACCACAAACGCAACCAUUAACAGCCAGAGAGACUUUCAGAAAGUCGUCUCCAGCGAUUCACUUCACCGUUUGGCAGACGCCUCUGAAACCGACAACCGUCCGACUUCCUUUGCCGCUCGUACUGCAAACGACGCCGCAAACAAGCUAACCGCUUUCGGGGGGCUCGUGCGCCCCACCGGUUUACCCCCCCUCGGCACUCUUGGCCCUAGUAGCGGUCUCGGGCUGAGAUCCAUGGACAGUGGCGACGGUUAUCUAGGGUUAGGAGUGAACGAAGCGGUCAACCUAAUCGAGGGUCCUGACCCAAUCAGACGGGCCCACCUAAUCCAAAACCGCCCCCAGUCUCCAACCGCAGCAUUCAACGGCCUAUCUUUCCGCUCUCCCCCCCUCGGCCCCCAACCCUUUCUCUCCCUCAAAGCCUCCCCCACCAAAACCCAGCAGUUUCUACCCCCCGUUUCAAAACCGGGGCGUUUUGAGUCAAGCUGGGAUUCUUGGUACACGAUUCCGGGGGGCUGGUCUGACGAUUCCGCUGUGUCUGGGGGGGUAGAAGUCGGUGAGCACGGGGAUGAUGUAAAUACUUCCCUGGCGGGUGGUGUGAAUGGGGACUCCCCGGGUGGUGUGAACGGGGGCGCGUCAUUGGUGCGGGUGCGGCAACUAGAAUGGGACGACGACGCUGCGGCGCUUGGGACGGGUCAAGUGCAACUGGCUGAAGCGCAGGCCGGCACGAGUCCCCCGAAGCUGGCUGCUGACGAGGUGUUUGACAUCAUCGUUGGGAGUGACUGCCUGUACAGCGCCGCGGCGAUCGAGUCCCUUUCGGCCGUAAUCAAGCGUCGCAUGGCUCAGCCCCACGGCCAGUGUCUGCUCGUCUCCGCUGUGCGAGAUCUUGGAAUGUUCGAAGAGUUUCGCAAGCGGCUCGUGGAACGAGGCCUCGACGUGCGCGUGUCCAAGAUCGACGAGGAUGCUGCGUCUCCGGCGCUCGAAGACGGCGGGACGUUCCAUGACGCGGGCUACUAUCCAGGCGGUUUUAUUUCUAUGCAUAUUUCGCAUGGUAUAGGGGGAGCGGGCUCACGGCCGUAGUUUUCACGGCCGUAGUUUUUGCAGAGAGCGCGUGACACACGACUAACGAUACUCAGGGAUAGAAGGGCGCUGUAACCCGUCCAGAUCUUAACGUGGUCUCGUAAUCAGUAGGAGUAGCUGCGGCCGGCAGCUUUCGUGUUGCAAGAGUCAGUAGCUGUUGUGCAUAGUGUGCCGGGACAGUAACUGAGUUUGGAUUGCGGGAGCUAGAGUGAAGAUCCGACAUGCAUCGCCAAGUAGAGCCAUGCCAUCAGGCUUUUGCUCUGUAACUUUGGAUAUUGAUUGGUAAACAUUCAAUAGUUGAAGGAUUGCCGGGCGGUUUGAGC